AGACUUCUUGGCUUGAGAGCUACAGACCGGACUGGUUUUUCCUUCAUCCACUUAUCGCGGGCUGGUCGGCUGAGGCCCUCCCUCAGGGUGCUGGGUGGAGGUGACUUGUCACUGCCACCCGCUCACGUAGGACAAGGCACUUGCUGCUGUCCGGGAGAGAGACACAGAAAACAGCCAGGUACGUUCUUCAGACGUGGGGGGGGGGGUUUUGGGGGGGAGUUGCAUUUGGGAGUUGCCAACUUUUAAAGACCAGUCCCGCUCCUCUGCCUUUGUGAUCUGCUUGAUGCAUAGAAGACUGGGAGGAUGAAGCUUUUACCCAAACCGGCUCCACUCUGGGAAAAGGUCUCACCUGUUUAAUUCCUGCUGUUUAACAUCAUAGGGACACAGUGGCGCUGGGGGUUAAACCACAGAGCUUAGGACUUGCCGAUCAGAAGGUCGGCGGUUCGAAUCCCUGAGACGGGGUGAGCUCCCGUUGCUCGGUCCCUGCUCCUGCCAACCUAACAGUUCGAAAACACGUCAAAGUGCAAGUAGAUAAAUAGGUACCGCUCCGGUGGGAAGGUAAACGGCGUUUCCGUGUGCUGCUCUGGUUCGCCAGAAGCGGCUUAGUCCUGCUGGCCACAUGACCCGGAAGCUGUACACUGGCUCCCUUAGCCAAUAAAGCGAGAUGAGUGACGCAACCCCAGAGUCGUCCGCGAAUGGACCUAAUGGUCAGGGGUCCCUUUCCCUUUAACACCAUAGGAGUCAGGAGGCUUUAGAAAGUUGGCAACCCUACCUAGGAUCUGGGGUUCAGUUUAAGGCAGGCUGAUGGAAUGAAUGGAGUAUUUCUCAAACUGAUCCUGAAGACAGAAAUGAGAGAGGCGGCGGGGAGUAAAUUUUCGAAAGGGGAUUAGUCUCAAACCAUAUUCCUCCUCAGUGAGACCUUAAGCAGGUGUCCCAGGGGAUCUCUUGAGGGGUUGCAAGUGAGAGAAAUUAAUGUGGGUUUAUUAUUAUUAUUAUUUAUUUUUUAUUUUUUUUAUUUAAAUUUUAUUAACAUAUAAAACACAUACAUAUACAUUUACACAAUACACGUACACAACACACUACCUUAUUUUCAUAACAUAAAACAUACCUACAUUAUAUAAUACCUACCUAUACUAUACAUAUCAACACACCUACCCCACACAGAGACCCAACAAGUGACUUGACUUCCAGCCGUUCUUGUUACACUACUUUAUUUUUCCAGCUAGCUUGAACGCAUUUCAUUAUUUCUUUAAUCUCUUCUUCUAUCUUGACUUUACUCUCCUUUCACUCUAAUUGUAUUCUGGAUUCACUUAGUUUCUGUCAGAAAUUCUACUUUUUCCACAUAAAUUUUGAUGUCUUCCUUAAAGAUAGUCCGCUCCUUAUUCACUUUUUGUAUCGCUUAUCUUCCCUGUUUGUUCGGCAAUAUGGAAGUAUUCCAUCAUUUUAGAUAACCAGUCUGUUUUAGGUGGGACGCUGCUGCUUUUCUAAUUUUUGCUGUAGUUGCAUACAUAAAUAUUGGUCUGACUGUUCUUUUUAUUUCCUCUGACAUGAUACCUAGGAGGAAGGAUUCUACACAUGUGGUGGGAGUGCAAAGAGAGAGUGGGAUUCUGGGAAGAUAUCUAUAACGAACUGAAAAAGAUGUUUAGAUUUUCAUUUGAAAUUAAUGUGGUUUGAUUAACCACAAGGUAAAUCUACCUUGACUCUUCUACCACUCAGCACAGUUGAGUGUCCAUGACUCAUUUUGUUUCAAGGGAGAAACACUGUUCUUUCUUUCUUUUAUAUACAUUUUUAUUGAUUUUUUUAAACAUAUCAGUCCCAACAGUUAUACAACAUUUCUUCUCAUCUUAUACAAUAUUUUAGAUUUCCGUCAACACCACUGAUGAUUUUCCGUUCUUUAUCACUUAUUCUGCAUUUCUUAAUUUCUAUAUUACAUUUAAUUAUCCUUAACUAAUAAUUCUCUUCAUAGUCUUUCUUGCAGUAUUUCGAAUAAUCCACCUUACAAAACUUCUUGCCGUCCUAACUAGCGUAAUCUGUUCAUCACAAUUACUUUUCAAAUAAUUCAUAUAUUUACUCCAGUCUUCUAAGAAUCUCUGGUCCCGCAGGUUUUGAAUCCUUCCUAUUAAUUUAUCUAGUUCUGCAUAGUCCAUCAACUUCAUCCUCCAUUCUUCUUUCAUCGGUAGUUCUUCUUGCUUUUUGUGCCAAUAAUAUUCUUGCUGCUGUCAUUGCAUAUAAAAACAACUUACAAUCCUGUCUAUUAAUAUCAUCUCCCACAAUGCCAAGUAAAAAUGCUUCUGGUUUCUUAAUAAAUGUGUAUUUCAACAUCUUUUUCAUCUCAUUAUAUAUCAUUUCCCAGAAGUUUUUCCCUUUUUUACAUUCCCACCAGGUGGAGAAACACUUUUCUCCAUGUAUUGCGGCUGGUAUCCUCCAGGUACUUUUCCCAGUCCUCUUUUAAAGCCAUCCAACUUGGUGGCCAUUAUCAGCUCCAGUGGCAGAGAGUUCCGCAGUUUAACUCCGCACAUUCAGCUUCACUAGUGUUAUGACAGAGCUUUCUCAAGCUCAAACCUUAGUAAGUGUCCAGAUUCCUCCGUCUCAGACACAGAGGUCAGGUGGGAUCUCUCUGUGCUGUGUAGCUUGCGAUAACAGCCCCCCUGUCUGUUGUUUUCGAAAGCUCAGAUUUGGCAGCUGCGGGCGCAGGAUGUCGCUGGUGAACGGAAUCGAGAGACGAUCCUUGGUCAACGAAAUCCUCAGGCACCUGCCCCUUGCGGAUAAGGUGAGCGCUUGGCUUGGCACUCGUCAAAUCAUGAAGAUUUCGGAGUUUCUGGUGACCAUUCCAUCUCUGUCUUAUUUUGCUCUAGACAGCUGUUUGGGGCACUCUGGGGACGAUCAGACCCCACCUGAACUUUGAGGUGGAAAAAGAUGUCCAAACUCUCCUUGACGCCGUCAGUGGGAAAGGUAACAAAUCACAGUUGUGGUGUUCGUGUGUUGUGUCCUUGCCGGUUUUUUCCUGUAUAUAUGUAUUUCGCACAGAACAGCCCUGUGAGGUAGGUUAACCUCAGAAGUAGCGAUUUGACUGAAGGUCGCUCAAUGAACUUUUUCUCUCAAUGAGAAAGGAACUGAAUGUGAGCCGCUGCCCUCUGUACAGUCUGACAGCGUCACAUUCAGCCGAGUUUUAAUCGAUGCACGUCAGGACUCAAACCCGUAACCCCUGGCAUCUUACGAAUGGCACCACGUAGGAGACGCCGGCUCAAAAAGUGGGAUGCAAACCGACAGAUCCCCUUUGUAUAAAGUGUGCGGUUAUAUAUAUGUGUUUGAUUCAUAAAUGUGACUUCUCCUGUUACAGAAUUGAAAGGGGGGGGUUAUAUAUGUGAAGAACAUAUACAGAGAACCACGGUUUAGUGGUUAGCCUCUAAAUUUGCUAUCCUUUGUGACAGGUGUUGAAUAUGUAACCGUCAUUGACCUACUGACCAACAGGAGCAAUGAACAGAGGCAGCAAAUUGCUGAAGAGUUCCUGAAUUUCACGAAACAGGUGAGGAUGGGAAGGAGCAAACCCCUGUUAGAUCUAGAGGGUUUUUUUGGGGGGGAAGGGAAUCCUAUAUUAGGCGGGUUUCAAACUGACCCUUCAAAUGUCCAUCUGAGUGCCAGCUUUCUAUAAACUUUGGCUAGUUUGCCAGCUUUGGCCCAUCUUGACUUUACCAGCCAUCAUCAUCAUCAUCAUCAUCAUCAUCAUCAUCAUUUAUUUAUUUAUUUAUUUAUUUAUUUAUUUAUUUAUACCCCACCCAUGUGGCUGGGCUUCCCCAGCCACUCUGGGUGGCUCCCAACAGAAUAUUAAAAACACAAUAAAAGAUCAGAAAUUAAAAACUUAAAUUAAAAAAAUUCCCUAAUUAGGGCUGCCUUCAGAUGUCUUCUAAAAGUCAGAUAGUUGUUUAUCACCUUGACAUCUGAUGGGAGGGCGUUCGACAGUGCAGGCGCCACCACCAAGAAGGCCCUCUGCCUGGUUCCCUGUAACCUCACUUCUCGCAGGGAGGGAACCGCCAGAAGGCCCUCGGCGCUGGACCUCAGUGUCCAGGCAGAACGAUGGGGGUGGAGACGCUCCUUCAGGUAUACUGGACUGAGGCCGUUUAGGGCUUUAAAGGUCAGCACCAACACUUUGAACGGUGCCUCGAAAUGUACUGACCAUAGUGUUGAUGUUUAGUCGUUUAUCGACUCUUCGUGACCCCCUGGACCAGAGCAUGCCAGGCACUCCUCUCUUCCACUGCCUCCUGCAGUUUGGUCAAACUCAUGCUGGUCGCUUCGAGAACACUCUCCAACCAUCUCCUCCUCUGUCGUCCCCUUCUUCUUGUGCCCUCCAUCUUUCCCAACAUCAGGGUCUUUUCCAGGGAGUCUUCUCUUCUCAUGAGGUGGCCAAAGUCUUGGAGCCUCACCUUCAGGAUCUGUCCUUCCAGUGAGCACUCAGGGCUGAUUUCCUUCAGAAUGGAGAGGUUGGAUCUUCUUGCAGUCCAUGGGACUCUCCAGAGUCUCCUCCAGCACCAUAAUUCAAAAGCAUCCAUUCUUCGGCGAUCAGCCUUCUUUAUGGUCCAGCUCUCACUUCCAUACAUCACUACUGGGAAUACCAUUGCUUUAACUAUACGGACCUUUGUUGGCAAGGCAAUGUCUCUGCUUUUUAAGAUGCUGUCUAGGUUUGUCAUUGCUUUUCUCCCAAGAAGCAGGCGUCUUUUAAUUUCAUGACUGCCGUCACAUUGACCUCUCCUUCAAGGAUCACUUCCUUGUUGUGGCGAAGGGGCUUGAAUAACUCAGAGAAGCUAUGAGCUAUGCCAUGCAGGGCCACCCAAGAUGGACAGGUCAUAGUGGAGAGUUUUGACCAAACGUGAUCCACCUGGAGCAGGAACCGGCAAGCCACUCCAGUAUCCCUGCCAAGAAAACUCCAUGGAUAAAGACUGACCAUAGUAGUUCAUACCUUUGUAACAGUCGGCUUAGACCACUGCAAUGCACUUUGCCUGGGGCAGCCUUUGAAGACUGUUCAGAGACGGUUUUAAUCCUCCUCCUCAGGCAUUUCUAUUUCCCCUUCUCAGGACCUCCUGAAAACUCUGGAAGCAGCUUUUUCCGGGCACCUAGAGGGCGUGAUCACGGGUCUGCUGAAGCCGGCAGCUCAGUUUGAUGCUCAUGAAAUCAACCUGGCCCUGAAGGUACGGCCAUCGGUCCCUGUCUUGCUCAGUCAGGCCAUUUGUGCACCUAGCCCUGCAUUGCCCACACGGACUGGCAGCAGCUCCCCAGGCUUUCAAGGAAGGAGCAUUUCGUAGCCCCACCUGGAGAUGCCCAGGGAAUGGGAAGAUUGAACCGGGCACCUUCUGCAUACGAAGCAGGUGCUCUCUCACUGAGCUUCCUGUAAACAGAAAGUAAGAUUCUAGUCCUCAUGUUUAAAGACCACUUGCCCAUCUAGCUGAAUAUUGUCUACACUGACUGGCAGCAGCUCUCCAGCAGGGAGAUGCCAGAUUUGAACCUGCGACCUUCUGCAUGCAAGAAAGCAGGUGCUCCACGCAUUGGACUAUGGCUUUGCCGGGUCUUUUCCUCCUGGUCCUAUUCAUGGACCAGGGUCUGAGUUGAGAUGCGGUUGCUAGGCAACCACAACAUCCUCCAUUCCGCACCAUCCGAGGGCAAGAAGUGAGGGCAGCUUGCUUGGUCUACCCAGAAUUUUAAUCUGGUUUUAGUCUCUUGCUGUUUUAAGUUUCGGGAAAUCUUAAAUAACUGUUGCUAAUUUUUGUUAGGAGUGACUUUAUUCAUCAACUUUUUUUUUUGCAAACGGCUUUGAGGGUGUGUGGGUUUUAUUUUAUUUUAAAAAAUCAAUCUAUGCAUUUUAUGAAAUAAAUAAAUAAAAUACUUAGCAGCUUGGAAGCUGACCGCAUCGCCUCCUCCUCUCCGCCCUCUUGCUGCUCUUGAGCUCCCUUGCCUUUUCAAGUGUUGCCACAUUUAAGCUGCUAAGGUUACUCAACAAACGCCCUUCCUCUUUCCAGGGCCUGGAGGCAGAUACGCUUCUCGAAAUCCUCUCCACCCGAACCAGCCAGCAACUCCGGGAGAUCUUGAGUUGCUACAAGCAUGGUAAAGAAGGAACGAAAUAAAAAAUGAUACACUUUCUUCCCCUUGUCUUUUAAAGGACAGCUAAGGGUGGAGGGUUGUGGACGUACCUGGUUUGGAGAAAUUGGAGAGUUAUUCAUGCUUUCUGAGAAUCCCCAAAUCAUUAAGCCAUGGGUGGGCAAACUAAGGCCCGGGGGCCGGAUCCGGCCCAAUCGCCUUCUAAAUCUGGCCGGUGGAUGGUCUGGGAAUCAGUGUGUUUUUCUCCUUCCUGAGGGAAGGAGCUUCUGGGAUACAAAGGAUCUGCUCCUGGGAUGCCUCUUCCCUCACAAACCGCCCCCCCCCCCGAAAAGGGGAAAUUGGUAGAUUGCCAGCAGGCUGCCGAGUCUUUCUCAGUAGACCAGAAAGCCUUUCUUGACUCGGCUCGAACUGUAGGAGAGCUCUGAGCCUCGGUGUUCCACAGAUGUAAAAUGGGCCUGCGUGCCGCUGCACCACGUUGCUUUUUCCUCCUCCCUCCCAAUCGCUUUUCCUUUUGUGCCGUGUCUGUCUUAUUCCUUCAUGCUUCCAAGCUGACCUGGAAAGCUUUUCCAGCAGUGAGCAGCGGGUUAAAAAAUGCUUUGAAUGGAUGAGUAAAAAUAUUAAUUCUAGCCUGGUGUGAAUUUCUCUCUCUCUCUCUCUGUUUUUCACCUAGAAAUAUGAGUGGUUGUGAAUGAGAACCUAAAGCAUGGGUAGACAAACUAAGGCCCGGGGGCCGGAUACGGCCCAAUCGCCUUCUAAAUCCGGCCUGCGGACGGUCCGGGAAUCAGUGUGUUUUUUCCUUGAGUAGAAUGUGUCCUUUUAUUUAAAAUGCAUCUCUGGGUUAUUUGUGGGGCAUAGGAAUUCGUUCAUUUUGUUCUUCAAAAUAUAGUCCGCUCCCCCCCCCCCAAGGUCUGGGGGACAGUGGACCAGCCCCCUGCUGAAAAAGUUUUCCUGACCCCUGCAUUAAGCCGAUAGGCUGCAGAUUUCGGGACAGGGGGAAAGCAAGUCAUCCUUUGCUCAAUGCAUCGUUAACCUGCAGAACUCGCCGCCACAAUAUGGCAUCAUGGACUUUUUUUUUUUUUUGUAAAGUUGAUUAUUUAAAGAAGCACUUCAUAUUAUUGUUAUUUGAUGUAAGCUGCCUUGGAGGUACUUGUGUUUAAAGGUGGGGUGUUUGUUUGUUUGUCUGAGCAUCCUUUUAGACCUCAUCCUGUUAACAUAAACAAGUCCCUCAAGUCAUCAUAUAAAAUGAGGUGUUUUGGUUUUUUUUAACCCAGGAGAAAACAGAAAAGAGAGAGAUAGGUCCUGUUAACAUAAACAAGCCCCUCAAGUCCGCAUAUAAAAAUGAGGUCAUUAAAAAACAAAACGAGGAAACCCCAGCACAAAACAGAAAAGAGAGAAAUAGGUUCCACAGUUUUUGUUCCUGCUUAAAAUCCUAAUGGCGUUGCUUAACUCCUGAAAGUCUGUCAGAUUUGGGUAAAACCAUUUCUCUUUAAUCCAAAAUUGUUUCUUCCACUGUGCCUAGAUUUCAGUUUGGACCUCGAGAAGGACAUCACUUCGCAAACCAGCGGCUUCCUUCAGGGUCUCCUGCAUGCCUUGAUCAAGGUAAAAGUGGGGAAAAAGGACCAUUCAGAGGCACUUAGGGCAUUUGUGUCUUUGGGGUCAAUUGAGGAGCCAAAUAAGGAUUCAGACAUAGCAAUAAUUAUAGUAAUGAAAUGCAGAAUUGGAAAUGAUUUUAGAAAACCAUUAGACGGGGUUGAAGGAAGUCUUAGGCUGUGAUAGCCAAAGAUUUGAUUUGAUGUUCGUGAGAUGCUAUGCUGGAAAAUAUGUGUAAAAACCAAUAAAUAUUAUUAUUUUAAAAAAUAAUGAGGGGCUAAAUGAGGUCAUCUGGCCCUCUCUACCUGGCUCCAGGGACUCUCCCCAGCCCCCAACCAGCCUUUCUUCGCACCCUCCCCAAGUGGCUUUGCCCAGCUGAAUCACGGGAACUCUAGUUUGCUAAGGGCGCUUAGAACUGUAGCAGCUUUGGAAUCAUCUCUGUAAAUAAUUAUGGUUAAUUGGGUAAAAAUAGAUACUGUGUGUAUAUAUAUAUAUACCUAUAUAUAUAUAUAUACACAUAGAUGUAUAUUAUUAUUUUAUUAUGAAGAUGCUGAUAAGUUUAGGUAAUAGGUUUAUUAGAGUGAAAAGAUGUUGAAAAGGACGGGAAGUCUAAUUUAAGUACUAAAUUUAUACUAAGAAGACACAUAUCUUUUUGUUGGAAUUCUUAUUCUGAUGUUUGAUUUAUAGAUUACAAUAUGUCUUAGAUGUAUGGAUGCAAUUUGGGUUAAUAAAGCAUUAAAAAAACAGAACUGUAGCUCUGUGCUGGGGAAAACUACAGUUCUCAGGAUUUGAGUGGGGGCUUUAAAUGGGUGCUGAGUUUGCUUUGGUACAGAUGGUCCUAUGGUUGUAAAAAAAGAGGAAAAGACUGUGGUUGAUUGCAGGGACAUUAUUGUUGGCACCCGUAGGUCUCGGGAGACCACGGAGGAGUGUGUCUUUGGGGGUGAAGUCAAAGGGACGUUGUAAAGUCCUUAAAUUUGGCCCAAGGUGACACGGGAUGUGCAUACCUAAAAUUCACACAUGCUGGUUUAUGUUAUAGAUGCAAAUUUAGCCUGCUUUUCAGAGGGAAAGCCAUUCUAUAUGCAAUACUUUUUUCAAAAUCACCUAAAAAAUAAAUAAAUUUUAAAAUGGAGGAGGAAGGUUUAGGAGACCUGUGAUUUACUUCAGAAAUAUUUGGGGUUUUGGAUUUCCCCCAACAAAGCCUUUAAUUAAUCAGGAAGCAUAUUAAGAGUUUUUUUGUAUUUUAAAAACAUUUUAAUGUAUUAAGCAUCAACCUUGUGACCUCCAGACGUUGUUUAUUACUAUUAUUAUUAUUAUUAUUAUUAUUUACCCGCCCUUCACUGUAAGGUCCCAGGGUGGGUUCCAAUAUAAAAACACAAUAUUAAAAACAGUUUAAGAAAACUUACCUCAUGGGGCUGAGUCUGAAAUAUCCAGAGAGGCCCAGGAUGGUGAGAUGGCCUUAUAUGCAAAAUUUAUGUACCACUUAAUAAUAAUAGUAAUAAAACUAAGCAGUGACAUAACUAGUCUAAAGUAUUCAUUUAAAAAUCAGCAACUGAGCAGUCAUUUAAAAACACAACAGUGGACAUAAUCAAAUUAUCAAAAUGCAAUUACGGCAAUCUGCAUUGGGAAGGGCUGUUUUAGAAGAGGAAUUUGCCUUCCAAGCAGAGGAACAAAUAUAUUCUCUAAACUUUAAAGCAACAUGCCGUCAUCACCUCCGUUUCGGGUCUAGGAAGCAGGCUCCAGGUUUCUGAGCUGCUGUUUUCACCCCAUGCAACUGAAAGCAGUCAGCUUAUCUGCAUGCAAUUAAAAUGGCUCAUUAAAAAGAAAAAAAUCUGGUGAGAGGUCUGUUGGAAAUAUUUUAAGUGGGGCGCACGGCAGAUUUCAGGCUUCUCACGCGCCCAAUCUGUAAAAACAUUCUGGGAAAACAGCGGCUCUGAAAAUAAAAGCGGGUAAGUGGCUAGUCCUCAUUGUCUACUCCCCCCCAAAUAUAAUCUGCUUCUGUUGAACAUGUGGAUCCUGAUGCGCCAUUAUCUGCGUCUUAGCAAGAACGUGAGAUCGGACACUAGGGGUCUGAGCCGUUUUGCCUUUGCCCUGCUGUUUUACCAAUAAAUCGGAGCAAACAUCAGUCGGGAGAAAACCCAAUGGACAUUUAAUAAUAAUAAUAAUAAUAAUAAUAAUAAUAAUAAUAAUUUUUUAUUUAUACCCUGCCCUUUCCGGUUCAGAAAACUGGGUUCAGGGCGGCUAACAACAAAUUUAAAACACUUAAUUGCUGCAACAAAAAACCAGUAUAAAACGUGAAUAACAAUAAAUUCAAAAAUCAAUUUAGGGGGGAAAUCCAUCCAAUAAACAUUAAAUGAUCACCAGGGCUAGCUGGCUAAAUUAGUCCUAUUUGGGCCAGCGAGGAGAGCAGGGGAGAAUUAGCUGUGGGAUCCCAGAACGGGUAAUCUUCAUAAAAAGGGAAGGAAGGGGAAUAAAAGAUCAGGCUAAGUUGAAAUUGAAAGCCAGGCGGAAUAGCUCUGUCUUACAGGCCCUGCGGAAGGAGGUUAAAUCCUGCAGGGCCCUGGUCUCCUGGGACAGAGCAUUCCACCAGCUGGGAGCCACCACUGAGAAGGCCCUGUUCCUGGUGGAGGAUAAUCUGACUUCCUUAGGCCCGCUCCGAUUCAGCGGUAAGGAUCGGGUUUUCCCGGGGGGAAAGUGGAAGUGUGGUUUGAGCCUUAAACUGUCCGUUCUCUAGGCCCAUUAAAAUCGACAGAGCGGCUUAGAAACAGCUAGUUUACGUUGUUUCUGUGGUGAUGGGAGGAGUAAAGCGUAGUUAAUUUGGAUCCAACUCAAGGACUGCCAGCCCACGGCCAAUGUCAUUGACGUCUGAUUUUCUGCUUUCUCCCAGGGCAACCGUGAAAGGUACUCUGGGGUCAUUGACUAUGUCUUGAUACGGCAAGAUACGCAGGUGAGAUGUCCAAGUCUGGAAAUGAAGAUUAUUCAGACCCCAUGAUCUCUCUGAUGCAUGCAAGCCCUGUUGAGAUUGUCUCUAUCCCGUUGAAAAUGAGAUUACCCCAUGGUUCAUAAAGGCCAAACGCAUCAGAAUACACAACAAGGGUUUGGCCUGAUCCUGCCUGUUAUGUACUGAGUUGAAUAGGAUCCAAAAUGCAGCAGUCUGAUUGGUCUGUGCGCUGCUUGGGUGCGCUGCUGUACUCGGUGCACCUCCUCCCUGUCGGAUCCUGAGUCGUCGGUGAGGUCUUGGUGGUGGUGGACCCUCGGUUGGGACGGCAGGCUCGGCCGUGCCUCUUGCGUCGACCUCUUGGCAGCUUCCGUUGCCAGGGCCUCCUCCAGAGCAACCUGGAACGUUAGGUCCUUCUUAGUGUAGAGGCGUCGUUGCAGCUUCUCAUCCUUCAGGCCACCGACGAGGCGGUCACGAAGCAUGUUCUCCAACUCUGAGAAGUUGCAGAACCGGGCGGCUUGGUGGAGAGAGGUCACAAACCCAGUUAUGGUUUCCCCAGGGGCUUGCCGCUUUGCGUAGAAGGCAUUUUGACGAGCCACCACUGAUGGCUGCGGCAAAAAGUGCCCCUUCAGCUGUUCCAUUAUUGUUUUGUAUGGAACAGUAGCGACGUCUUCAGGCGCAAGGAGAGCCCAGGCGAUUUCAAACGUCUCCUCUCCGCAGACGCUGAAGAAAAUCGCCCUCUUCUUCGUUGGUGACCCCUUUGGCUUCUAGGAGGAAGGUGAAACGGGAGGCGUACGCUUCCCAGUCUCCGGAUGCUGGGUUGAACGGCGAGAAGCUGCUGUCGGUUGCCAUUCUGGGUUCCUUGUGUCCCGGAGCUGAAGCCUGGAUACACGGUGCGAGGCAGCGAUGCGGCGGGUGGCGGUGCUGUGUAUGGCGGUCAGCUCAGCGGGAUCCCAUCCUCGUCGCCAGUGAAAUAUACUCAGAGUCAAGAGUGGAUUUCAUGCUCUUUAUUCAGCUCAUAGUGGUGAGGAGGAAUGGAAGUUCCCCCAGAAUAUCUGCUUUAUAUACAUUAUUUACACAAUAGGCCCCACGUGAUUGGCUAAUUCCAGGAUUAACCUGUAGGCCAAUCAGGUUGCGGAUUCACUUCCAUCUGGAGCUGGAUUGGGUGGCUCCUGCGGACCAAUCAGACUGCUGCAUUCUGGAUCCUAUUGUUCUAGGACCAAUCAGACUGCUGCAUUCUGAAUCCUAUUGUUCUAGGACCAAUCAGACUGCUGCAUUCUGAAUCCUAUUGUUCUAGGACCAAUCAGACUGCUGCAUUCUGGAUCCUAUUGUUCUAGGACCAAUCAGACUGCUGCAUUUUGGAUCCUAUUCAACUCAGUACAUAACACUGCCGCUGAACUCUCCUCGUGUUUUCAAAGAAUGUGUUCCACCCAUGCUCCCUCCGUGUUUAAUUUCUCAUAAAUUUCCCAUCAAGUUGACCGAACGGCUUUAAGGAAUAAGCUGCGCGUGCAGAUUCGAGGUGCAUUUGUGCAUGCUAUUAUAGAUGGCGAAGCAGCGAUAAGGAAUGCUUUUGCAUAAUCAAAUGCUCUGUUUUGUAUGUAUGAGUGCAACUGUAUGACAUGAUUUUAAAAAUCGCAGCUCUAUAACCGCCCUGAUAAAAAGCUCUUCCUUGUCUCGCAUUCCUGUUCUGUGAGGUUAAAUGAAUAAUGAUGGAGUUGGGGGAAAACCGGCUGCACUGGAUCAGAGAUAAUUAAGACCUAAUAGGUUUGGGGGCUAAAGCUUCAGGGCUCCCCAGUUUCUAUUAAGACUGGGUGUACUCCUUAAAUGAGGCUCUGUUCUUACUCAUGUUUAAUACUGAGACUACCCCUCUCAGUUGUAUCCCUACACAUGUUGCAUCCCUAAUUUGAAAGUAGAUCUAAACACAGGGAAACCCCUGCUAUAAAUAAGUCAGAAAUUAGAUUGUUUUAACAAAAGGGGGGGAAAAAACUCUAUGGAAAAUCACUUUUUAAAAUUCCUUGCUCUCUAGCGCCAUCUCUGUUGCGUGUUUAUAGCGCAUUCAAAUCGCUGUUUUUUUACUAACGUACCUGAGUCCUCAGAUAUGUGAGGAGCAGGCUCUGGUUACCCUGCGAUUGGAUGGCACCGAUUUCACUCUGCGCAUGUUCUGGGGAUUGCUUCUACACCCCAUGUCUUGUAAGCUCAAGGCCUGUUGGUUUAAAUAGGUCAUGCGGCACUUCAAAUAGGUCCUGGGCACUGGACUGAGUACUGAUCCCUGAAUUAAGUUGUUACGACAGAGAGGGCUGUUGCGACUUCAAAAAAGGCUGUUUUUAUUUCGACUGUGCAAUUGUUUUGUUCAGUGGUGUGUCUCUGUGGGUUCUUCCAGGCCCUCGCGGGUCCCGGAGGCGGCGACCCGGGCAGGUUGGAUGAGAGCGAGUGGAUCAGGAUCCUAACCGAACGGAGUCCCCAACAUCUAAACAGAGGCAAGGUCUAGUUUGCAAAGCUUGCAAGUUGCUGUUUCUGGGGAAAGGAGUUGAGUUCAGCCAUGCUGGCAUUCUAUGCAAUGCACUAAAACGGCGUUCUCAUGGGCCCCUGAGUCAGAGCCAAUAGGUUUUUCAGGGGCUCUUCCCUUCAUAAUAAAUAAUAAUAAUAAAAAUUUUUUUUAUCAAUACUCCGCCCUUCCCGGUUCAGAAAACCGGGCUCAGGGCAGCUAACAACAAAUUUAAAACACUUAAUUGAUGCAACAAAAAACAGCAUAAAAUACAGUAUAAAAUGUGAAUAACAAUAAAUUCAGAACUGAAAAAUCAAUUUAGGGGAAAAAUCCAUCCAAUAAACAUUAGAUGAUCACCAGGGCUAGCUGGCUAAAUUAGUCCUAUUUGGGCCAGCGAGGAGACCAGGGGAGAAUUAGCUGUGGGAUCCCAGAGUGGGUAAUCUUCAUAAAAAGGGGAGGGGGAGGGAAGGAAGGGGAAUAAAAGAUCAGGCUAAGUUCAAAUUGAAAGCCAGGCGGAAUAGCUCUGUCUUACAGGCCCUGCGGAAGGAAGUUAAAUCCUGCAGGGCCCUGGUCUCCUGGGACAGAGCAUUCCACCCGGUCGGAGCCACCACUGAGAAGGCCCUGGCCCUGGUGGAGGAUAAUCUGACUUCCUUAGGGUCCGGGACCUCUAAACUAUGAUUAUUCAGUGAAUCUGCUUUUGAGGUGACCCCUUCAGAGUGUAUAAAGCAGCUUCUGACAUUCCUAACAUGUUUAGAAGCAGUCUGGCUUAAUCUUUUCUUACUCCCACAGUGUUCAUCUGGUACCACAAGAUGACUGGGCUCCAGGUGGAGGAAGCCAUGAAGAAGUACUUAGAGGGGAAGGCCCUCGAGGCUGGCUUGACCCUGGGUAGGUAAAGGGGCAUGGGCUGGAUGUGACCCCCCCAGAGCCUUUCUAUCUGUCGUGCUUGGAGGGGGGCGAUGCAUGAAUGCAGAGAUAGAUACCUUGCUCAGACCCCACAUGGAAUACAGUCAUACCUCGGGUUACAGACGCUUCAGGUUGUGCGGUUCCGGGUUGCACACCGCGCCAAAUCCGGAAGUACCGGAACGGGUCAUUUCCGGGUUUCCGCGCAUGCGCAGAAGCGCUAAAUCAUGCUUUGCACAUGCGCAGAAGCGCCAAACCAUGACCUGCACGUGCGCAGGUGUGGCACUGCGGGUUGCGAACGUGCCUCCCGCACGGAUCACGUUCGCAACCCGAGCGUCCAUUGUGUCCAGUUCGGGGCUCCCCAGUUUAAAGAGGAUGUUGACAAGGUGGAAUGUGUGCAGCCCAAGAUGAUCAAGGGUCUGGAAUACAAGCCUGAUGAGGAACGGUUGAAGGAGUUGGGUACCUUUAGCCUGGAAGAUAGGAGAAUGAGAGGAGAUAUGAGAGCCAUCUUCAAAUAUCUCAAGGGCUGUCACAUGGAGGAGGGAGCAAGCUUGCUUUCUCCUGCUCCGGAGGGGAGGACUCGAACCCAUAGCUUCAAGUGACGAGAAAGGAGAUUUCGACUAAACAUCAGGAAGAGCUUUCUGUCAGUAAGAGUUGUUUGACAGUGGAACGGUCUCCCUCGGCAGAUGGUGGACUCUCCUUCCUUGGAGAUUUUAAAGCAGAGGUUGGAUGGCCAUCUGUCAUGGAUGCUGUAGUCGAGAUGCCUGCAUUCCAGGGGGUUGGACUAGAUGACCCCCUGGUGUCCCUUACGACUCUACAAUUCUGAUUCUAUGCAUGUGAAUGGUAUCUAUUUGUGAGCAGGGUGUGUAUGUCUAUCUACUCUUGACUCUGGCCUCAUCUGCCGUAAAGGAAAUAACACACCAAACAUGCUCAGGGACACUCUCGUCCUUGACGAUUUCAUGUUUUCUGUAGAGAGGUCUGGCCAGGAACAAGCAGGAACUGUGAGAUUAUAGUUAGUGGCUCAGAAACCUGGGUUUGGAGCAACUCUGACAGAAACGCUCACAGGAUGGGCUAGUCUCUCGCUGUUGGCCUAGCCUACCUCGCAGGGUUGGUUGUGAGAAUACAGUGGGGUGAUUUCUCCCCCAUAACCAACUGGGCAUGACCCAGAGCAGUUUGGUUGAGGAGGAGGAAGUCAACAGGUCAAGUUGCUCCAGCACAGAGCUGUAAUGUUGUUGGUGAAUUUCUACCUGCGAUACAGUGGUUAAAGACGCCCGAAAAGCUGGGGAUUUUAGAAAAGAAAGAUUGGCUUGUUUGGGGUUCUUCUUCUUCUUCUUUGGCAAUCACUCAUAGCCAAGUAAGAUUGUCUUCCAUAAACACAGUUUUAACAAUGAGUCCGUAAGUGACUGUGGAGGCCAACUCUGGAUCCACACGUCCUUCCACAGUGGGGACAUUGGUUUUCGGGUGGGAGUUGAUCAUGGUGUGGAUUUGCCAAGCGUGGAUUUGCCUUCCUCCUAGCAUGUUUCUCCCUUGCGUGCUGAGUUCGAGUUUCUUCAAAGCCCAUGACUGUUCUCCAACUGGAGCACUCGUAGGCCAGUGUUUCCCAGUUGUCAGUGUUUAUACUACAUUUUUUAGAUUUGCCUUGAGACAGUCUUUAAACCUCUUUUGUUGACCACCAGCAUUACGCUUUCCAUUUUUAAGUUCGGAAUAGAGUAGUUGCUUUGGAAGACGAUCAUCAGGCAUCCGCACAACAUGACCAGUCCAACGAAGUUGACGUUGAAGAAUCAUUGCUUCAACACUGGUGAUCUUUGCUUCUUCCAGUACGCUGGUAUUAGUUCACCUGUCUUCCCAAGUGAUGUGUAAAAAUUUUCGGAGACCCCAUUGAUGGAAUCUUUCGAGGAGUUGGAGAUGGCGUUUAUAAGUGGUCCAUGUUUUCACAAGCGUACAGUGUUGUUUUGGGUAUGCUUCAGAUAACUGAAGAUGGUUUUCAGAGACGAUAUGAGAACAUGUGGGUCAUCCGAUUGGUUUAUUAUUAUUCUAUUAUUCUAAAUCCAUGUUCUUUUGCAGUCUCCAUCCUCAGAAACACCCCUCUCUAUUUUGCCACAAAGCUCUACCAAGCGGUUAAGGUGAGGAGAAUUAAUCAGUCCUUAUUUCUCUCUUUCGCUCUGUCUCACAAGUGUAUCCUUCCCUUUCUCCAGGAAUUUGGAUAAAGUGUUUUGGGCACCAAAACGGCUGCAGACAGAGCAUUGCUUUACGCAAAACGACUUCUCUGCUGUUGCUUUUGGAUUGCAAAGGAGACAUGAUUUAUUGCACAUAUGAACACCUUUAGAGUCACACUGUGUUUCCUUUUGUGCCCUAAAUCGGUGGGGUGGCAUAACGGAAGGACAAUGUCAUUUGUGUAAUUAAUUGCACAAGUUAUAAUUUUGUCGCAGCGGAUGGCGAGAUGAAGAACGGAAGGGGUGGUGUAAUUCCUCCUUACAUCCCCAGUAAAGGAGCUGUUUGCCCUCUGCCACAGCCUUGCAAAUAACCCCACCCAAUUCACAAGCCUGUGAAGAAAAGCAAUCCUAUCCUGAUGGCUGUGCCUGCCUCUCCCCCAGCUUUCUUAAACUGCGAGAUUGCUAUGACAUCUACAAUAUAUAGAUAUCCUAACCCUCACCUGUCUGCUCUUUAAAGGGUCCAGAAACCAGCCCAAGAACUCUGGCCCGCAUCCUGAUUUCCCGUAGCGAAACCGACCUGCUCAGCAUCCGAUCCGAGUUCAGGAAGCAUUAUGGGAUUUCCCUCUACUCCUUCCUUCAGGUAAGGGCACCAGGCUUUCUUUACUGUGGAGGUGGUGGGCAGAGAUGGAGGGAGGAAGAGUAGGGGUCCAGGGUUGCUCCAUCAGCAUCCCAACUUUGGGUCCCUCCCCUCCUCAAACUUUUCCAUCCCAGCCGGUCCCCGAAACGACGUGCAAACUCGGAACUUGAGUUUGCUGAUUUCCUCCUCCCUCCUGAUUCAUUUUCCUUUUGUGCUGUGUCUUUUUUCCUUAAGUGAGGUGUAAGAGGAGGGAGCCUUUUUUGGCUGAAAAGUCGGGGUGUCUUUAAAUGAAAUUAAUCUGCUUGGCCAUGAUGGGAUAUUUAGUUAGCUAGACCUUCCAUCAAAUCCUACCGGGAUCCCGUUAUGCAGAGAUUAUUAACAGGGUUCUCUUGUCAGAUAUGCGUAUGUUCAGGUCAGCAGAGGGGAAUAAAAUAUCUCCCCUUUUGGAUAUUGUUUAGUCAUUGAGUCGUGUCCGACUCUUCGUGACCCCAUGGACCAGAGCACGCCAGGCACUCCUGUCUUCCACUUCCUCCCGCAGUUUGGUCAAACUCAUGCUGGUAGCUUCGAGAACACUGUCCAACCAUCUCGUCCUCUGUCGUCCCCUUCUCCUUGUGCUCUCCAUCGUUCCCAACAUCAGGGUCUUUUCCAGGGAGUCUUCUCUUCUCAUGAGGUGGCCAAAGUCUUGGAGCCUCAGCUUCAGGAUCUGUCCUUCCAGUGAGCGCUCAGGGCUGAUUUCCUUCACAAUGGAGAGGUUUGAUCUUCUUGCAGUCCAUGGGACUCUCAAGAGUCUCCUCCAGCACCAUAAUUCAAAAGCAUCUAUUCUUUGGUGAUCAGCCUUCUUUAUAGUCCAGCUCUCACUUCCAUACAUCACUACUGGGAAAACCAUAGCUUUAUAAGUGCUUAAUUCUGGGUGGGCUGUGCCCCUUACUCAAUUACGCAAAGCCUUCUAAAAUCCCUUUUUAUCUUCCACCAGGCUGAAAUGAAUGGCAACUACCAGACCGCCUUGCUUGGUCUGUGCAGAGCAGAAGAUCUGUAAGUUACGUCUCUGCUGACGAGCCUCUGUGUGCAAAAGCAGUCUACCUCUGAAUACCAGGCAAAUGCUUACAUCAGCCAACCACCUCUUCCUCCCGAAGGCCCUGGAGUCCGGCCAAAAGUCACCCUCAGUGGAUCUUGAUUCUCCAUUUGCGCUAAUUUCUUCUUGUUUCUCGGUUGGUUCUGGAUCUAUUCAGGGGGUGGGUUGGGCUGGGAACGAUUUAAGGAGAAAGAGCGUAUUUCUUGCUGAGCCAAUGCAAACUGUGUUUAAUUUGGAUGUGAACAUUCAGCCAUUUCUGUGCUGGGGGGCAAAAUGGAAUUAAUUCCUCACGAGUCGUGAUGGUGAGAUGCUACUGCCAACAUCAGAGACCGUUUUUCCACUGGACACUGCUGGCUGCCUUUUUCUCUGGGCGAUAAGAACCAAUCAGGGAUCCUGUGCUGAAUUUACAUUUAUAGAAGCUGGAAUCUGGAACAUCUGUGGCCCUCCAGAUGUGGCUGGACUCUUAUCACCUGUAGUCAGUGUUGGUGGAAGUUGUAGUCCCUCAAUAUCAGGGGAGGGGCACAGGUCCCCCUCAUAUCCAUCCCAGCAGCAAAGGAUAACCUAUCAGCCUUUCUCAGGAACUACAACAUCCCCUUACCUGGAAUGGUGUAGUUUAAUAUAUACCGUAUUUUUCGCUCUAUAAGACACACCAGACCAUAAGACGCACCUAGUUUUUGGAGGAGGAAAACAAGCAAAAAAAUAUUCUGAUCUCAGAAGCCAGAACAGCAAAAGGGAUUGCUGUGCAGCGAAAGCAGCGAUCCCUCUUCCUCUUCUGGCUUCUGGGAUAGCUGCGCAGCCGCAUUCACUCCAUAAGACGCACACACAUUUCCCCUUACUUUUUAGGAGGGAAAAAGUGAGUCUUAUAGAGCAAAAAAUAUGGUAUAUUGCAGGUCUUUCUGUCUUGGUAAGCUCACCUUUUCUCCACCACCUGACCUAUUUAGCACCACCCAUUCUGUAAAAAUGAAGUACGUGAUAAUAAAGUACCUCUGAGCAU